AUGUGCUUUGCCGCCAUCCUCAACCGGCUGAUGGCAGGAGCCUACGGCAGCCCUGGCGAGGUGCAUGCCGACAUCCUGGGCAUCUGGGCGCAGUGCCGCGCCGCUCACCCGCCUGGCAGCGAGGCCUUCUGCGCCUGCGAGCAGCUCGCGCCGCAGGUAGAUGCCUUGUGGCGGCGCUUCGGCCUGGAGGCCGCGCCGCCGGCGCCGCCGGCCGGGCCCGCCAACGGCCGCUGGGAGCCGCCGCAGCAGCAGGCGCAGCAGCAGGCGCAGGCGCAGCAGCAGCAGCAGCAGCUGUUGCAGGCUUGGUCGGCAGGGCUGCAGCAGCUGGACGCUGCGCAGCUCAUGCAGCAGCAGCACCAGCAGCAGCUGCACCCCCACCACCAACAGCAGCAGCAGCAGCGGCAUCAGCAGAUGUGGGGCUCUCUGGAGCUGCCCCCCUCGGGCCCCCUCUCCCCCCCCAUGCAGCCCACGCCCCAGCAGCUGCUGCGCGGCCACACGCCGCAGCCGCAGCACCUGGGCGGCAUGCAGGGCACCUACGAGCAGCUGGCUGCCCUGCAGCAGCAGCAGCAGCAGCACCAGCACCAGCACCAGCAGCAAGUGGCCUCGGCUCGCGAGCAGCGGCGCCAGGCGCUGCUGCGGCCCCAGGCGGACCUGCUGGGAGGGCUGGGCGGCCAGCCAGGCGGCACACACGGCUUUGACACUGCCUCACCGCUCCCCGGCUUUUCCCCCAUCUCGUUGCCUGCGGCCCAGCACCAGCAGCACCCCCAGCGCCAGCAGCAGCUGCUGCACCACCACCAGCAGGCAGACGGCGCCGCUGGGCGGCCCUCCAGCCUGGCCGAGCAGCAGGCGGCCGUGCUGGCGGCCAUGAUGCAGGGCCAGAUGCCGCCCAAGCCGUCGCGGAGGUCCCCGGGGCUGCCGCCCGCCCAGCAACCGCAGGCGGCGCAGCUGGCGGCCAUGCUGCAGGGGCAGGCGCCGCCGGGGCAAGGCCCCGCGCCGGAGGAUGAGGAGCACGAGCGGCAGCGGGCGAGGCUGGCCCAGCUGAAACACAAGAUGAUUAUGGUGCUGCAGCAGCGGCGCCAGCAGCAGCAGGAGCAGGAGCAGGAGCAGCAGCAGCAGCAGCAGCAGCAGGCGCCGGGAGGGGGACUGGUGCCCCAGGGCGGCCCCAUGGACGGCACGGCACCGCAGGCGCACGGGGCCGGCGGGAUGGCCGCCAUGCUCGGUGACAUGCUGCUGCACCGGCACAUGCAGCAGCAGCAGCAGCAGCAAGGGGAAGCGCUGCUCGCUGGGCUUGUGCAGGAGGGCAGCCGCGACUUGCUGGCCUCGGCUGCAGGCAGCUUCCGGGCGGGCGAGCUGCCGCUGCCGGUGCCAGGGCACGGCCAGCAGCAGCAGCAGCAGCAGCAGCAGCAGCCUCAGCCCAGCGUGCAGCUCCCCCCCGCGGCGGCGCAGCCUGGCGGCGGCAGCGACGGCCAGCUGGGGCACCCACACCCGCUCCACCGCUGCCUGCUGGUUGUGCUGCGGCUGCUGCAGCUGGAUGAUGCCGAGCCCUUCUCAGAGCCGGUGGAUGCCGAGGGGCUGGGUAUCCCAGAGUACCGCCAGGUCAUCCGACGCCCCAUGGACCUGGGUACCAUCCGGGACCGCCUGACCUCAGGGCUGCGGGACGGGUGGGCGGCGUCGGGGUACCGGGGCGCCGAUGAGGUGGCGGCCGACGUGGCGCUGACGUGGGCCAACUGCCGCAAAUACAACGCCGCGGGCAGCCGCAUCUGCGGCAUGGCCGCCCGCAUGGAGGCCGCAUUUCGGAAGCUGUGGCAGGAGUCGGAGCUGGGGCCGCUGCCAGAGCCGCCACCGGCCGCCACGCCCCGCGCGUCGCAGCAGGCGUGGGCCCAGGGAGGCGGCGGCGGCCACGCCGGCGGCAAGGCGCAGCAGGCGCCGCGGGAGCGCGGCAAGCAGGCGCAGCAGGCGCAGCAGGCGCAGCAGGGGACGCCCCGCCACGCGCAGCAUGGCAGGCAGAUCAAGGUGUCCUCCCUGCUCCAGGACAGCCCCCCUGAGCACGGCGACACCCCCGCUGCCACCCCCCGCAAGCGAUCCUCUCCCGCGCCCGCGGCGCAGGCCGGCCCGGCGGCCGCCGCGCCCUUCAGCACCGGCGGCAGCGGCGACGCCAGCCAGGAAGGCAAGCGGCAGCGGCUGGGCGGCGGGCUGGAGGGGCCCGGGCCCGGGCCGGGGCUGGAGCUGGAGGUCGCUGUGGUGGCGCCACGUCAGCAGCUGCCGGACGCUGACGUGGAGCAGCAGGAGCUUGCUGAGGAGGCUGCAGAGCUGCAGCGCCUGCUCAGCGCCUGCGGCAGCAGCCCCAGCGCGGCGGCGGCGGCCGCGGGCGGCGGCGCGCUGGCCGGCGGCCGCCUCGGCGCCGCCUCGCCGCUGCUCUGGGACGCGCCGCCGCCGGGCAGCGCGCUGCGCAGCAGCGGCCCGCUCAGCCUGCAGGCGGCCGACGCAGCGGUGGCGGCGGCAGAUGCGGGCCCGGGCGGUGGCGGCCCCAGCUGGCUGCCGGCCGCGCCUGGCGAGGCGGGGGGUGGGGCGCCAGCGGCAGACAUGUUUGCACGGGAGUGGGCCGUCGCCAGCGCCGCCCCUUCCAUCACCGCCAUCGCCACCGCCUCCAAGGCUCUGCUCCACCCCGAGCGGGGGCCUUCCCCGGGCGGCCUGGGCGCGCCACUGUCCAUGCCUGUCCCCACCAUGCCGCAGCAGCAGCCGCUCCCGCUGCCGCUGGCCGCGCACCAGCAGCACCAGCACCAGCACCAGCACCAGCACCAGGAGCAGCAGCAGGCCUCGCAGCCGCUGCCGCCGCUGCCCUCCGGCCUGGCUGCAGCCACAGCCGCCGUGACUCUGGAGCAGCUGCAGCAUGAGCAGGCGGUGCUGGGGGCCUGGCAGGCGCUGCAGGAGCGGCGUGGGCAGGCGGCGGCGGCGGCCGAGGCCGCAGAGCGCGCCGCCGCUGAGCUGGCGCGGGCACGCCAGGAGCUGGCUGCCGCUACCGUGCGGGCAGCCGAGGCGGCCGCAGCCCUGGAGCGGGAGCAGGCGCAGGCCCAGCAGCGCUCGGCGGCCGAGGGCGGCAGCGAGCAAGACGCCGACGCGGCGGCGGUGACGGCAGCGGCACCUGGAGCCGGCGGUGGCGGCGCGGUGGCCGCUUUUGCCAGGAACGGUGGCGACCUGGCUGCUGCCGCCGCCGAGGCGCGCAGCAGUCUGGAACUUGUGGAGCUUGCUGCUACCGCUCGCCAGGCACGGUACCGGCGGCUGAUGGCACUAGGAGCGCACCUGUUUGGGCCUGCCGCGCAGCCCGGCCCUGCUGCAGGCGGCGGCAGCUCCAGCACCCUGGCAGCUCCCGCGGCAGCGGCAGGCAUGGCAGGGCAUUCGGCAGAGGGCGGCACUGAAGUGGAGGUGCCUGACGAGCAGCCUGCUGCCGAGCCUGCCGCCCUCGUUCCAGCCGAGGCAGGCCCGGUGCCGGCAGGCGCAGGCGCAGCCUCCAGCGGCGCAAUCCCUGCCGGCAAGGGCGAAGGCUGUGCUGGCGACGGCACCGCCGCAGAGCUCCCCUUGGCAAGGGAUGCAGCGUCUUCCAAUACUGAGCAGCACCACACCAUUCCCUCCCCCUGCGUUUACUCCGUUCCUCUCUUCCCACCGGCCUCCAAUCCUCCGAGUCUUCACACCCACCGUAUCCGCGUACCUAUCAGUCCCAACCCCAUCUUUCUGUCUUCGCCUUCUUUCCUAAUCUCAGCAUGA